AAUCAGCUGUUGAUGGAGGCUCUGUAGCGUCGACUUCAGGCGCUCUGGAUGCUCGCUCGCUGCUUGUCAGCUGUCACUGUGGAGGUUCCGAAACGCACAUGUUCGUGGACCGAACCUCGUCGGAACAUAUGCUGUCAUGAGCGCUCUGUGUCGCCUUGUUCAGAGGGGGUUGCUGGGCUGCCGGUCGUCGUGCCGUUUAUUCCCCGGACAGCAGGAUGUUUGCGGGAUGGCUCUGGCGGUCCGAAGCGCCAGUUCAUCCAGUCCUGUCAACCUGACGUACGACGUCUUCGAUGGAAAGGGGGAGAGCACUCCCCUGGUGUUUCUACACGGCCUGUUUGGCAGUAAAUCUAAUUUCCAUUCUAUUGCCAAGUCCUUAGUGCAGCGCACCGGCCGAAAGGUGUUGACUGUCGAUGCCCGUAACCAUGGCAACAGCCCUCACAGCUCUAUACUGACCUAUGAGGCCAUGGCCGGCGAUUUGAAGCACCUUCUUAGCCAACUGCGAAUUGAGAAGUGUGUUCUCAUCGGCCACAGUAUGGGAGGGAAAACGGCCAUGACGACGGCCCUGACACAACCCAGUUUGGUGGAGCGUUUGGUGGUUGUGGACAUCAGUCCGGCCCAGUCCGCCACGCGCACCAACUUCCGACAAUACAUCCAGGCGAUGCAGGAGAUGAAAAUCUCCACUGACAUCCCGCGCUCCACAGCCAGGCGGAUGGCCGAGGACCAGCUACGCAAAUUAGUCAAAGAGCGCUCUGUGCGCCAGUUCCUACUGACUAACCUGGUGGAGCAAAAUGGACAUUAUAGCUGGAGGGUCAACUUGGAAGCAAUAGUAGCCCACCUGGAUGAUAUAAUGAGUUUCCCCAGCUUUGAUGCCGCCUUCGAAGGACCUACGCUGUUUUUAGGCGGAGCUAGUUCUGCCUACAUCAGCUCUGACGAUUACCCAGAAAUCCAGAGGCUGUUUCCUAAUGCUGACAUUCAAUACAUCCCAGACGCUAGCCACUGGAUACACGCGGAUAAACCUUUAGACUUCAUCAGCUCCAUCAUCUCCUUCCUUCAGUCUUAGCUGCCUCCAGCCUGCGCCUGAGGACUUGUCAGAACUGCAGACAGCUGCGGAUGGGAAUUCAGCAGCAAAAGGCAUCAGUCAUCACACUAAAACUCACCGGCGCUGGACCAAACUCACUCUUUUACAGUACUCCCAUCCUACAUUUGAACAUUUUUAGCUGUAGUUGUUUCGUCAGUCUCUGAUUUAUCUGUGUCGCUAGAUUAACUAUUUUCCAGAUUUGUUUAUAAGCCAACCCCAAGAUAGACGGUAGCAAUGAGAAAUUUAGGAAGUUUCUUGAAAGUAACGGACUAACCCAAAGAAACUCUCGUUUGCACACUCCUUUCUUGAUGUCGAUUCAUCUAGGCCAGUUAAAUGACAGAAGCGGGUUAAGCACAAUCUGGGUUUGCUGAACCAGCAGGUGGCGGCGAGCAAAUGCUGUACAUCCGAGAGGCUCUUCGUGGAGAAACGGAUGAAAUGUGUGCUGGAGGUUGUGUUGAGCACAGAUGCUUUGGCGCUGUAACGCGAGUUUGUUGUGGGAAGCGGUAGAAUUUGGUGAUGCUGUUCAAUAGUUUUUGUGUUUGUUUUUUUCCCUCCUUUGUGUAUGUGUGUUUAGAGCGAUGGUUCAACUGCUAAAACGCUGGCAUCUCGGCGCCACUGGAAGCCCCUCAUUAGAUUUUUAUGCAAACAUCUUUAAAGUCUCCAUUGCAGUAUUAGCAGAGUGUUUUCCUAAGCUAUAAUGUACCACUUUAAAGGGUUAUAAUCUUCUACUGUUGUGUGUCCGGCAACAGGCUGUGGUGUUAGUUUGUACUUUUUGUCCCCUCGUUUUAUAAAUUUUACUCUUACCUUAACCCUUAAGGCACAAGGCUUCAUGUCACGAGUAUUUGCUGCAAAAACCUAUGCCGGUAUGUAAUCGUAAUCGUGCUAAUAAUCAUUUCAGUGUCCAUACAGUUUUAAAAAAUUCCGAACAGUAGUGAAACUGCCAUCUGUAUGAAUAAACGGGGUGUAAUGUGUUUGUAUGUGCCUGUUUUAAUGAAGACCUCAUUGUCUGUAAAACCUUUUUGUUUUAUUUCUUUAAACUGAAAAGGACGCAUUUUUAUUCCACUAUCUAAAUGAGUGUAUUGGCAGCUGGGUUGCCAGUUCUAGUGUGAAGUUACACUUUUGGGGCAGUGUACCAGUUUAGUUUAAAUAAAUAAUAUGUUUAACUCCUGUAAUGUUUGUUGAAGAUCCAGUUAGUAUCCUCCUCCUCCUCCUCCCACAGAGCAGCUUUGUCCCGUCGCACGCAGGAUGAGUGGAGGGCUUUGACAUUUGGAUGCUGUUUUUGCAGAACAGAGAGGAUAACAAAGGAGAACUCUCUGCCAACAAAGAGUUGUACUGAUUUUGUCCAGGAUUGUAAACCGUUUGACUUUAAGCAUGCCUUUUCUGUUGUUACUGAGUGUCGCCGUGUUGUGGAACAAUGUAGCCACCGUAGUGGCAAAUACUCUAAAACACUAUCUGUAUAUUACAAAAUUCUAAAUUAAAUGUUUGCGAGAUGCAUAUAGAAGUGGAUUAUAUACAUAUAAGUAUAUAUUGAUGGAAAUAUUGUACAAUAAAAUGACUAAAAUUUG